AUGGAUGUUUAUAAUGGGGAGCAUACAUCUUUUUGGUAUGAUUCCUGGUCUCAACUUGGAUGUUUGAAGGAUGUAUUGGGCAGAGGAGGGAAUUUGGCUAUGGGUAUUACCGAGAAUUCACAUGUUGCUGAUGUUUUAACGGGACAUCGUAGACGAAGGCACAGACUGAGUAUUCUAAAUGAGGUGGAAGAAGAAAUUGAGAAGGUUCGAAAUAGGAGAAGUGUUGAAGACGAUAUCCCUCUCUGGAAGCAGAAUGGGAAUACUUUCGCAAACAAGUUCUCAACGAAAAAGACUUGGCAGUCUAUGCGUCAAGCUCAGCCGGUUUGUGCCUGGAAUAAAGGGGUAUGGUUUCCUCAAUCUACUCCUAAAUUCUCCUUUGUUGUUUGGGUGGCUAUAAGAAACAGACUGCCAACAUGUGAUAGAAUGAAGCUCUGGAACAACGCAGUUGAUGAGACUUGCGUUCUAUGUACUGAGACUGCAGAGACUUGUCAACAUCUAUUUUUUGGGUGUAGAUAUUCUAGGAAAAUCUGGAGGGAGUUAGUAGAAGGAAUUAUGGGAAGUGAGUUUACUUAUGAAUGGAAUGAUGUUAUUGAUGCUAUUUCAAGACAACAUCAAAAGACUACAGAGGGGUUUUUGCUUUGCUAUGCUUUUCAAGCUCUGGUUCACAGUAUCUGGCGGGAGAGAAAUGCUCGUCGCCAUGGGGAGCAGAGAAGGGAUGAGAGGAUACUUUAUAAGUUUGUGGAUAAGACAAUAAGAUUGAAGUUGCUUGCUGUGAAGAGUAAAGGACAGAGAUAUUUGGAGGAAGGCUUAUGUCGAUGGUUUGAGACAAGGAGGCCUCAUCCAUAG